UCUGUCUUCUUCCCGAUCCUUCCUACCGAAAAGCCCCCAAGCCACCGACUUUCUCCCCUUGAAAAACCCGGUGAAGGCCUCUUGAAAUUUCCCUCCUUUCUUGCUCAAAAAACCAAGUUGCAGGCCUAGAACACUCUCCUAAACCCAGAAAUUUUCCAGAUCUGCGCUGUCCUCUUCCCCUCUGUCCGCCGGCCUCUGCUGUGUGGGGUUGGGUUCGGUUUUCUGUCCGUAAGUUCCCCUGCAGCUUGCCACCGGCUUCUUCUUCUCCCUGCAGCUCCGGUUUUAGCUGGAAAAUUCUGGUUCCCGAUCGUUCUAUCAGUUAGCACCGUGAAUUGAGCCUUUGGUUUUAAGCAAGUGAGGUAAGUAAAUUUAUGGUAAUGUUCGCAUUGUUUUUAAAAGAUGUUUUGACUUGUUUUUGAAGUGGUGGCGGGACUAAACCCGUUUUAUGCAAAAGUAAGUAUGACUGAUCUGAAGUGAAGUUUUAUGCUUUUCAUUAAAUUGAGCAUGCCUACUUGAAAUUUAAUUGAUUGCCCCGAUGAUUUGAAAGUGAUUAGUAAAGCAUGAUUUUCUGUUAACUUCUGCCUGUUUUGUCUCCGAUACGGUCAUGUUAUCCUGUUGCCCGCUAGUGGGAGGUUUAAACGCUAGCACAUGUCGACAUGUUCCUGAUAGAACCAGUUCAAAUUUCUGUUGCCUGCCAGUGGGAAGUUUAAACACUGGCCAUGACCUAUAGAGAAGACGUCUAUUUCGUUCCCGUACUUGUUCCCGUACUUGUAUCCGUUUUCUGAUUACACUUGUUGGCAUGCUAUAAGUUUAAUUGACUACUACUGAACUUUAUUCUGUAUAAUGGUUAUCAUUGAGCAUUCCGUUUAUGUUUAAACUGUUUAUCUGAAAUGCUCAAAUUUUACCCACGAGCUAUCCAUACAUUUACUUAUUGAGAUAUUUUAUCUCAUGAUUUUCCCUUGUCCACCAUUUCAGGUAGUAUGACCCGAGACACGGAAACCACGGGAAGUGACGAGUUAGAAGGCUAGCCAUUUCGAGAUUGAUAUAGAUUUUAGAAAUAAAUCAUGUUUUUUUGUAAGAUAGAUUUUACCUUGUGAUUUUAAGUUUAAGUCAUGUUGGACAUAGAUUUAUGGAAUAGAGUUUGGGAUUUGAAUAAGUUCCGAACCUUGUGCGUUCGAGUGCACGGCGUCUGUCGCGUCUCGGAUUUGGGUUCUGAGACGUGACAUGUAACCAUCCAUAUAUAUUGAGAUGUUGCUUUCUUAGUUCCUAUCAGGUCUGAAUGGUGCAUUCAUAAGUCAUAUAUUGGAUAUGAACUUUGCAAAGUAUGCACAUUGCUUGGCACCCAAAAUUAAAUUGUCUGUUGUUUAUGGUGCUUUAAAGAGAGGGAGAAUA